GAGACGAUUUGCAUCCCUCCACUAAAUCAAUUCCCAACAUUUAAGUGAGUCUACCAACAAAAUUGCUCUGCACUUUUUUCUCCAUCUUCCUGCAGCGGAAAUUUUCAAUGGCGGAUGUAAUAAGCAAUUUACCAGACGCGAUUCUCUGCCACAUUCUCUCUUUUCUCCAAACCAGACAAUCUGUCGCUACAAGCAUUCUUUCAAAGAGGUGGAACCCUCUAUGGCUCUCAGUUCCCACUCUGCGCUUCCAACAGAAACUUACAAAAGGAAUCACAACUUCUAAGUUUAACGAUUUUGUAUACUCUGUUUUGGUUUCGCGAGAUGUCAGGCUUCCCAUUAAGACUUUCCAUCUUGACGUUACAUACAUACAUCUUAAUCGAUGCCCCAUGAUCACUAUAACCAAAUGGAUCAAGUUUGCCAUACAACAAAGAGUUGAGUACCUUUAUCUCCAUCUCAAAGCACUGUUACUUCCCAAAUUGCCCAUCACCAUUCUCACUUGCAAAACACUUGUGGUUCUCAAGCUUUUUAGUUUCAGCGUGAAAGAGGGUUUUUCAGAUUCUUCCGUUCUACUUCCUUCUCUCAAAACCCUUCAUUUGGAAGAUAUUUGGUUAUCUAAACUUGGAGACUUUACCGUGUUUCUAUCUGGAUGUCCAAUUCUCGAGGAUUUAAGAAUAUUCGAGGUGGAAUUUAGUUCUAAUGAAUCUCUAACGACUCUAACUUGUAGCGAGUGGAACAACUUUUGCUUGACCAACUUGACCAGAGCUGAUAUUGAUUGGAUUCUUUGGUAUUUUCUGUUGAAAACAGUUCACAACACACAUUCUCUGCGCCUUAAAAUCCAUCAGCGACCUUCCUGGAAUGAAUUGAUUCCUACUUUUCAUGAUUUGACCCAACUUGAGCUUAUUUCUUUUAGUUAUAGUUGGCAGUUAUUAGUAAAACUUCUCAACCACUGCCCUAAACUUCAAAAGCUUCACAUUGCUCAGGCCGAAGUAGACAAGGAGGAAAUAUGGACUAGAAGAGUUGACAGAGAUGACAAAGAAGAUUGGGUAGACCCGGAUGUUGUUCCGCAAUGCCUUUCAUUACACCUUACAACAUGCAAUCUAUUCAACUUCUUAGGCCUUCAAGGUGAGAUUCUGCUAGUAAGAUAUAUUUUGAGGAAUGCAGAAGUUUUACAAACCAUGAAAAUAAGGAAAGUUGGACGUGCUAGAAUAACAAGACUAAUAUCCUCAUUCCCAAGGGCCUCUGCAACAUGUAAAGUUACAAUUUGUUAGCCUUUCAAUAAAAACAGGUUGAAAAAAAAUGAUGGCAUGCUGUAAAUUUCACAUUGCAAGUUAAUUUCAUCUAAUUUUUUGACUCAUUGGAAGGAAACCAUUGUAGGGAUAUUGAUUUUGGACAUGGCAGCUAUAUGCAAUUUAGAAUUAAACUCCAAAUAGAUCAUAUAACUUAUUAGUAUUUUGAACAAGUUUUUUCUUGUUGAAAUUAAAAUGAUUCUACAGUUAUUUUAUUUAUUUUUGGCUUAGCACCACCGGUAUAGUCUGAUUCAGAGAUCAGUUCUGGCAUCAAGUGGGUCCAGCCCCCUUCUGAUAGCAGAUAUGGGGAUACUGCAAUUAUUUUGAAAUUACUGAUUUAUGAAUUGGAGAUGAUAUGGUAUUCAUUUAUGCAUAUGAAAAUUUAAAUAUAUUGCAAAUCUUCUACUUAAAACCAAUGGCUUUUCUCAUAGUUUGAGUGAAUAAAAAAUAGGACUGAGCUCGAUGAUGGUGAUUUUCAUCUUCAAAUAUAUCAGUACCUUUCUGCAUUAGUUUAACUUAUACGUUUCAGAAUAAGCUGACUUUUUUUUUUUGUUUUUUUUAUUACAAGAAGGGCCGAAGCCCAAGA